AUGGAUUCAGAGUUGGACAGCUCAUACAUACUUCUUGAGAGUAGGGAGCGGGAGUAUAGUGGAUGCACACCAGAAAGCACACAGACACCAAAGAAUGCAGGCGCACUGGAUGCCACCAUGCCUUCUUGCCCAGAGAGUGUCUCAAGCAGAAAUGACGGCAUGCAGAGUGCACCCGCUGCUCCAUGCGAGAAUAUAUCCGAGCAGACUGCAAAUACUGCGCACACAGCACAGGAGAAGACAGGAAAGCCAGCUGAAGCACAGACAUUUGCAGCCUCUGUGGUAGAUGACGUGGUAGAUUUAGACAGCAGUGGCUCAGACUCAAUUCUUGAGGAUGCAUCAGGAGUUGGGCCUGCAAAGAAAAAGAUUAAAAGAAAGUACACUCGAUCAGAGAGGUUCAUUAAUAUACUGACACCAAAAAAAGAGAAAAGCACAGUGUUUCUGACUCCUGUGAAGAGAACACGCCGCUCUGUUAUAAAUGGAUUGAAAACUGGAAAUAUAAAAGUAUUUAAUAAUUCCAUGGAAGUCAGAAGCAAUAGCAUGCCAUACACAUCUCUGGUGGAAUGCUUUAGAAAGCUUGAAAAGGCAGAGCGCACGGAGCGCAGGGACAGCAUUGAUAUGAUAGUUAAAAAGUACUCAGGCGAGGAUAAAAAGUAUUAG